CUUCAAUUCUCCCCAACAACUUCAAGACCACUCAACCGACUCCCAUCCAAGACCGAGUCUCAAUCAUGGCCGAAUUCAAGACUGUUUUCGCAAAGGAUGCUGCUCCUCGUAAGUUUCCCUCCCCAGUGGUCACUAGAGAAACAAGAAAACAAGAAAUUUACUAACAACCUCACAGCAGCAGGACCAUACGUAAGUUUCUUCAUCUACACAAACUACCUAAUUCUUCUCUUCCUUCCCCUAAUGAUACACGCAAUCUAAUCUUCGUCCUAUAGUCCCACGCCAUCGCAACAUCCUCAACAAUCUACUGCUCCGGCCAAAUCCCCUGCACCCCAUCCGGCGAGAUCCUCACCCAACCCACCUCUUCCAUCUCCACCAUGACAGAGCUCUGCAUCAAGAACCUCAGUGCCGUCCUUGAAGCAGCCGGCUCCUCUCUCUCAAAGGUAAGACUUUAUCAUACAUCCUCUGCCAUCUUGCCAAUUCUUUCCUCUUUCCAGUCAUGAAUGUAUCCCAAAGAAAUAUAUAAUCUUGCUAACCACAAUACCAUCACCAGGUAGUCAAAGUCAACGUCUUCCUAACCACCAUGGACAACUUCGCCGAAAUGAACAGCGUCUACGAGAAAUUUUUCACCCAUAAGCCAGCGCGGAGCUGUGUCGCUGUAUACCAAUUGCCUAAGGGUGUGCCGGUGGAGAUUGAGUGUAUUGCACUGGCUUAGAUUUCUAUGCAGGGGCGGGGAUAAAAUGGUGCUCGAGUCUAUGAAUGCUCAAUGCUCUAAAGCCAUAGAAGGAGCCGUAUGGUCCACCAACUCAAACUCCUGCAGUUGAUUCAAGGGAGUAAAUUUCAAUGGCUAUCUCUCCCGGGUUCCAAGAUUGUUCCACUGUUACGAUAUCUAUAGCUAGCUGGUCACCUAGGAGGCUAGAUAUCGGUGUACUAAAACAUUGCAUCACAAAUCCAAAAACCAAUAUAAAAAACUUACCAGGUUCUUAUCUUCAUCCUGCCAAUUCCUCCUAUUGUCCGCAGAAAGCUUUCCAACGUCCCUAUCUGAACACCCAUCACAAUUCCAACUCCACACCCCUUUAAAUCCAACACCUUAUUUGCAACCUCUUACCCCCAUCCUGAAUGAAACGCCGCAAAUCCCUAAACCCGGCUCCAUUUCCAUUAAAAGCACCCUCUCCCAAGCACCCAACAAAAAACGAAUAGAACCCAAGUCUUCCCCAAACGUCGAUUUCCUCCUCUUUUCUCAAAUUUCUACACGCAUCCUUCCUUCGAAUUCCACUAUAUCAUAUAAAUAAGAGUAAGAGUAAAAGUAAAAGUAAAAGUGGACUCUUUUCCUACCCGCUUAUUUACUUACUUGCCCACCCCGUAUCCCUACUGAGGCCUGUAGCGCCAGUUGCCGCAAUAGAAAAAAAA